CAGCGCGAUGCUGAACGUGCCGCCGCCGGCCUUCCCCGCCCCCCGCUCGCAGCAGCGGGCGGCGGCGGGCGGCCGCGCCAAGAUACCUUUAAAGCCAGGGAGGAGUCUUAUGGAUUGGAUUCGACUAACUAAAAGUGGGAAAGACUUGGCUGGUUUGAAAGGGAGGCUAAUUGAAGUGACUGAAGAUGAGCUUGCUAAGCACAACAAAAAGGAGGACUGCUGGAUAUGUAUAAGAGGACUUGUAUAUAAUGUCACUCCAUAUAUGGAAUAUCAUCCUGGUGGUGAGGAUGAACUAAUGAAAGCGGCGGGAAUGGAUGGUACAGAUCUCUUCGAUCAGGUACACCGUUGGGUCAAUUAUGAAUCCAUGCUGAAGGAGUGUCUUGUUGGAAGAAUGGCUCUCAAGCCUGUUACUGUUCCAAAAGAGAUUUCUUCUAUAUCUGAAGAGAAGAAACAGCUUAAUGGUAUGCUUCCUGAAAAGAAACUACUGGGUAUAUCAACUAAAGAUUUAACUCCGAGUUAUGACUGGUUCCAAACAGAUGGUUUGAUCACCAUUGUUAUAUAUACUAAACAGAAGGAUAUGAAUGCAGAGUUGGUGACAGUUGACUGUGACGACAAACGAUUAAGGGGAGAGAUCAUCGUGAAUGACUAUUCCUAUGUCUUAGAAGUUGACUUAGAUCAUGCAGUUGAAGAAGACAUUUUUAUAAAUAUUGCUGGAAAAGUUGGGAAGGUAGAGAUUAUCUUAAAGAAAAAAGACAACAUUCAUUGGAAGAUGCUGGGACAGCCUUUGGAGAGUCAUAACACAUUUAUCAAACGCAAGAACAGAGGACUGUUCUUCAGAAAAUGCAAGUUGGUUUCUAAGACAGAAGUUACUCAUGACACCAAGCUCUUCUGCUUUAUGUUGCCUAAGAGCACUCAUUUGCAGGUUCCCACUGGACAACAUGUUUACCUCAAACAAACUAUUGCAGGGAUAGAGGUAGUAAAACCAUACACACCUUUAUUGCCUUUUUUGCCACUGGAUUUCAAAGAACCAUCUUGCCAUGAUAGUGCAAAUAUAUAUUUAAUGAUUAAGAUUUAUUCCUGUGGACUGUUCACACAGGCACUUGACCACCUACAAAUUGGAGACUGUAUUUCUAUUAGCAGUCCUGAAGGUAACUUCAAGAUGUCAAAAGUUCAGGCUUUAGAAGAUCUCUUUUUAUUGGCAGCAGGCACAGGCUUCACACCAAUGGUUAAACUGCUGAAUUUUGCUCUAACUGAAGUUAGUAGUCUCCGGACAGCAAAGCUGAUCUUCUUCAACAAAACAGAAGAUGAUAUACUUUGGAGAAACCAACUGGAGCAAUUAGCACUUAAAGAUGAAAGGUUUGAGGUUCAGUUCAUUCUUUCAGAACCAACAAAGGAUUGGGUGGGUAAACAGGGGAGAAUUUCUUCAUCUCUCCUCUCUGCGGUUAUGAAAAGAAGCAGAAAAGACUCCAAAGUGCUUAUUUGCAUCUGUGGUCCAACACCUUUUACUGAACAAGGAGUACAAUGUCUGAAGGAUUUUGGAUACUCCCAAGAAGAGAUACAUGCUUUUACUGCGUAAAAAAAAAAUGAAAAUAUCAAUGUUUGUUUGUAUAAAUCGAUCUUAUUUAUUUACCUUCAUGAAUUUAUUUAAAUGAGAAGUAAUUUUUUAAGACUUGAAAUUUCUGUCUUGGUACCAAACUGUUUCUUGGAAGAAAUAUAUCUUUGAAAAAAAGUUUUAUACUGUGUUUUACCUUGUUUUUGUAAAUAUUUUUGCUAAUACUUAAAAUUCACCCAGGAUGUUAAUUUAUUGUAGAGGCAAGCAAAAGUGUAUAGUACACAUUGUUAGUUAUAUAAUGUUGUUGACUCAUGAGAAUUUUGAAAUUUAUGAUAAGCACUGAUUUAGGUUUUGACUCAAAAUGCUUAUUAUUUCUUACUGUAAAAUGUCUUAAGAGCAAUACUGUCUGAAUUUAAACAUUGCACUGUAACUCAGGUAACUGAUCACUGAAAUAUGUUCUUUGUCAACUUAAAUCUCUAUUUGACUUGCAACCGAUCCAGAUAAGUUUUUGGUUUUGUACACAUUUACAGAGAGUAAAAU